CAUUUUUAAUUUACAAAGCAUGCUUCUGACAUUAACAUCUAGGCAAUGUCUCCCUCAUGCAUGUUGCUGAGUGGGAGCAGGCGUGCCAAUUGUGUUUGGAGAAGAUGAGAGGAGAGAUCGAGACACAAGUAAAGUUGCUGCCGGCGUGCCUCAUAUCAUCGUUAUCAAAGCCACCACCAUCGAUCAUUGUGAUCGAAAAUACUAGUAUACUUGCUUAAAAGUUAAAACCUACUGCCUCCUAAGCCUCUCAUUCAAACCCUGCCAAAAUUCCACCUCUUUUUAUUUCCUUUCUAGCUGUUAAGUUAUAAACCCCCAUACACCAAUGUCAUAGAGCCCCCCAUCAUAUGCCGAUGGAUAAUACCAAAGCUGGGAAGUCUCUCAUCAAAAGAAGAUCCCACCGCACUUUGGUCUGUUAAAACUUAGAUUCCUGAUCAAAGAAUUUCUUUUUCAUUAUCCAGUAAACAAAUUGUGCCUAUAAAGAACACGAUGAUUGUGCGGGAUGAUGUUCAAAGCUAAGCUACAAAUAUAUCAUAUAUUCAAAUCAAUCAUAUGUAGUGGACCACUAUGGAAAAGCAACUACGCACUUAGCAAAGGUGAAUGGAACCUUCAUAUGUUACUAAUUUAGAGACUCUAAUCUACAUAAUACACCGUACCCACUUAGCAAAAUAUGAUUUUAUAUUAGUUAUAACGUCGACCAAUGUUAACCUAGACUCUUUCAGGUUUCAGCCUUUAUGUUUCCAAACAAAAGCUCUGCGUUUAACACUACAUCGAUCAGCUGGACUUAAUUUACAAUGUCAUUGUCUAAAUUUCAAGGACAAUUCCCCUUAAAUACUUGAUUUAGUACGUACCAUGUUCUAACUAUGCGUCAGAAUAUUGUUUGGUGCCUAUAUACAUAUAUAUUUCACUACAAUUCAAUGACUAAUCCAGGUGUAUACAUAUAUAUUUCACUACAAUUCAAUGACUAAUUCAACAUUACAUCCAAAUAGCUGUUUAAUUAAGAGUUAGGAAGCCAACAUCAAAGGUCCACAAACACACGUACUAAAAGAUUCCACCAGGAGUCUUCAAAUUACAGACUCGUGGUAUAUAGACAUAAAUAUGAGCCACCAACCUAGUAGCACUGGUUCUACAUCUGCUGCAAGUAUUAAUGCCGAACAAGGUGAUGUGGAUGAUAAAGCUCCUUUGUGGAUUUAUGCAAAUAAGAUUGAAAAGAUGCCUGGGGGAGGAUCUUGGAGAUUUCAGUGUAAGUUUUGUGAAAAAUCAUUUGUUGGAUCUCACAAUAGAGUGGCUACACAUUUGCUAAAGGAUGGUGGAAAAGGUAUUAAACAUUGCUUGAAGGUCACUCCUCAACAACAUGCUAAUAUGAGCAAGUUACUAAAUGAUUGCAAACAGAGAGUCAAAAAUGCAGCCCCUAGACCAGUUCCAUUGCCUUCAUCAUCGAGGAAUGCAUCAACUUCUUCACUUGAUUAUGAUAUGAGUUAUCAUUCUAGUAUUCCAACAUCAAGUGCAGCGGAGCCAAAGAAGAGGAGGGGAAUGGGUACAGCUUUGGAGAAAGCAUUUCAAAAUAACUCUAGGGAGCAAUGUGAUGGUGAAAUAGCAAGAAUGUUUUACACAGGUGGUUUGUCUUUCAACCUUGCAAGAAAUCCUCAUUAUCGCUUGUCAUAUGUGCGUGCUUCUAGCCUUCCAGGAUAUGUUCCACCUGGUUACAAUGCAUUGAGGACUACACUUCUUCAAAAGGAAAAGAAGAACCUUCAGCUUCAUUUACAACCGAUCAAAGACUCAUGGAAUGCUAAAGGGGUGAGUAUAUGUAGUGAUGGUUGGUCUGAUCCGCAAAGAAGACCCAUCAUUAACUUGAUUGCUGCAAAUGCAAAUGGUCCGAUGAUGUUGAGGGCAGUAAAUACUCAAGGUGAAAUAAAAACUGGGGAUAUGAUUGCUGAUUUGAUUAUAGAAUGCAUAAAGGAGGUUGGUCAUGAAAAUAUUGUUCAAAUAGUCACCGAUAAUGCUGCGAAUUGUGUGAAAGCCGGUGCAAUUAUUUCAUCCAAGUAUCCUUCUAUCUUCUGGACACCAUGUGUAGUGCAUACCUUGAACCUUGCUGUGAAGAAUAUAUGUGCACCUUCGCUGCAAACAAGAAACAAUGACGAUGUGUAUGAUGCUUGUAAAUGGAUAGGGCCUCUUGCAGAUGAUGUUUCUUUCAUCAAGAACUUCAUAAUGAACCAUGGGAUGAGGUUGGUGAUGUUUACUGAGCAUUGUGAUCUUAAGCUCUUUACAAUUGCUUCAACCAGGUUUGCCUCCACACUUGUGAUGUUUAAGAGAUUUAAGAAAAUAAAGGCUGGUUUGCAACAUAUGGUAAUCAGUAAUAAAUGGGAUGAUUACAAGGAAGAUGAUGUGAGGAAGGCUGCUGCAGUGAAACAGAAGAUUCUAGAUGAGAUGUUUUGGGAUGAGCUUGAUUAUGUUAUAUCUUUUACUGAGCCCAUAUAUAGUAUGAUUAGACGUUCAGACACCGAUAAGCCGUCUCUUCAUUUAGUGUAUGAAUGGUGGGAAGAUAUGAUUCAGAAUGUGAAGAAAGCCAUAUAUAGGAAAGAAAGGAAACAACUACAUGAGGAUUCAAGCUUUUGGAAUGUUGUGCAUAAGGUGUUGAUGUCUCGUUGGAGCAAGAGUAGCACACCUCUUCAUUGUAUGGCGCAUUCAUUAAAUCCCAAGUAUUAUAGUCCGGAAUGGCUAUUAGAAGAUAGCACCCGAAAGGCUCCUCAUCAAGAUAUUGAUAUUACUAGAGAAAGAAAAAACUGCAUCUUGAAGUAUUUUGAUGAUGCAGAUCAGCGGAGAGAAGUUAAUGUGGAGUACUCCAAUUUUUCCUUGUGUAUGGAUGAUUUUUGUAAUGUUGAUGCAAUGCAUGAUAGGUCCAUCUUACACCCUUUGAAAUGGUGGGCUGUUCAUGGAGCGUCUUCACCAAGGCUUCAAGCCUUAGCAUUCAAGUUGCUUGGGCAACCAUCUUCAUCCUCUUGUUGUGAAAGGAACUGGAGUACUUACAAGUUCAUACAUUCGGCAACAAGAAACAAGAUUACUCCACAAAGAGCAGAAGAUUUGGUGUAUGUACAUACCAAUCUUCGCCUUGUAUCUAGAUGUAGUGACUCUUACAAGGAAGGUCCGUUUCACAUGUGGGAUGUUGGAGGUGAUCAAUUUGAUUCAUUAGAUGAAACUAAUCUUGGAAGGCUUGAGUUUGAGGAUCUUUCUCUUGAUGAACCGACUUUGGAGGUUGUUUUGUUUGAUAAUGUUCAGGAGAAUGUUCAUGAGGAUGAUGUCGUUGAUGUAUAA